CCUUUGUUUUCAAAUAAAGGUUUAAACUUCUCGAAGAAUUGUCUGCGUCUCCUGUUCAUAUCAUGUAACCACAACAAUCCCCACCACAGAGAGCGGUGGAGACUCAGUGAUCGUCCUCACGUACAAAAGAGGCCGGCAGAUGUGUGGAGACCGAAGGGAUCGAGGAAAUGACGAUCGGGCAGAAACAUGUGGCUGAGAUGGAAGAGCAGCCGCCAUCUUGCUGACGGUUAGAGGGGCUGAGUGGCCACAUCCUGCUGUUUCUCACUUGAUGUUUCAGUGUUCCUGUCCAAUGAAGCCAGAGGAAUGUAAAUAGAAAUAACUGUUUAUGAACAUAGACUGAUUUAAAUGAAACCCGCACAUUUCCGGGGUGGUUCUGAAUUGUGUGUCGGGACGGGAUGGGAAUCGAAAUUAUAACUCUGAGAACUCUAUGACCUGGGGGUGGCUGAAAAGGGAUCGGGGAAGAUAUGGAGGGAAAAACUAAAUACUUGUCUAAUGGAAAUAAUAUAGGGAAAUAAUGAAAUAUUUUGGGAAAUGCGGCGGUGGGUAGGGCAAUAUGUGAAGGGGGAAGAAACAGUCACCGAGUCACGUGAUCAUGUUUCACCGCAGAUCGGUAGCAUCUGCGGGUUUGAUUCCGAUGCUCCGCCCAACGCCCGUGACGCAAUGAGCACAAUGCGCAUGCUCACAGUCCCGGGAAAGGCAGUGUUGUUUUUUCGUUCUUUGUGAAAGUUGGUUGGCGGUGUGUUCGGGAUUGGGAGGGGGUUCUCGCCCCUUUGGACGGGGAGCCGGAGGCGGAUUAUUCUCUGUGGGGCAACACCAACAAUUUUCCUUCGUUCAACCUGCAGUGAAAGGUCUAUUGGAAGAAAUACCCCAAUUGGAAGCAAACCACAGCUGAAGACGGGAACAGCAACAAGUGAACCAGCCCGAGGACUGAGAGCAUCAACUAGAGAGAACGCUCCUGACUCAUUGUUCCCAUUGAUUCAGUCAGGAGAAAGUUUGGUUAAAAAUGACAAGGAAUUUGUCUACGGGAAUGUCUAACAUAACACACACGUUUUGCUGUCUCUUUUGAUAUUUAAGAAGUGGAGCAAGGGAUUCACUCGAUUAUCCUUCCUGCUCAGACUGUGGCGAGGGAUUUACUCGGUCAUUUCAAUUGAAGGUACAUCAGCAAGUUCGCACUGGGACAAGGCCAUUCACCAGUUCUGUUUGUGAGAAAGGAUUCAGUCGUCUUCCCACCUGUGGACACACUAGUCAGAUCACACUGGGCAGAAGCUCUUCAUCUGCUGAAUUUGUGGGGAAAGAUUCAUUUUGUCAUCUAACCUAAUGGUUCACCAGCGAGUUCACACCAGAGAGCGGCCAUUCACCUGCUCAGACUGUGGGAAGAGAUUCACUUGGUCAUUCCAAAUGAAGGCACAUCAGAGAGUUCACACUGGAGAGAGACCACUCACUUGCUCAGACUGUGGGAAGGGAUUCACUCAGUCAUCCGACCUACUCACACACCAGUCAGUUCACACUGGCGAAAGGCCAUUCACCUGCUCAGACUGUGGGAAGGGAUUCACUCGGUCAUCCCAACUGAAGGUACAUCAGCGAGUUCACACCGGAGAGAGGCCGUUCACCUGCUCAGACUGUGGGAAGGGAUUCACUCGGUCAUCCCAUCUGAAGGAACAUCAGCGAGUUCACACCGGAGAGAGGCCGUUCACCUGUUCAGACUGUGGGAAGGGAUUCACUUGCUUAUCCCAACUGAAGGUGCAUCAGCGAGUUCACACCGGGGAGAGGCCGUUCACCUGCUCGGACUGUGGGAAGGGAUUCACUCGGUCAUCCGACCUACUGGCACACCAACGAUUUCACACCGGGGAGCGGCCAUUCACCUGCUCAGACUGUGGGAAGGGAUUCACUCGGUCAUCCCAAAUGAAGGUACAUCAGAGAGUUCACACUGGAGAGAGGCCGUUCAUCUGCUCGGACUGUGGGAAAGGAUUCAUUUGCUCAUCCCAUCUGAAGGUACACCAGUCAGUUCACACUGGGGAGAGGCCGUUCACCUGCUCAGACUGUGGGAAGGGAUUCACCCGGUCAUCUCAGUUACUGAGACACCAGUCAGUUCACACUGGUGACUGGCUGUUCACCUGCUCAGACUGUGGGAAGGGAUUCACUGAAUCAUCCCAUCUGAAGGUACACCAGUCAGUUCACACUGGGGAGAGGCCGUUCACCUGCUCGGACUGUGGGAAGGGAUUCACUCGGUCAUCCGACCUACUGGCACACCAACGAUUUCACACCGGGGAGCGGCCAUUCACCUGCUCAGACUGUGGGAAGGGAUUCACUCGGUCAUCCGACCUACUAGCACACCAGCGAAUUCACACUGGGUAGAGGCUGAUCACCUGCUCAGACUUUGGGAAAAGAUUUUCUCAGCCAAAUCAACCAAGUGUGCAUCAUUGAGUUCUUACCGGGGAGUGUCCGUUCACCUGCUGUGAAUGUGGUAAGCAAUUAACUCAGUAAUCAGACACAGACAUACUUUAUUGUUCUCAAGGGAAAUUGGGUUUCGUGACAGUCGCACCAACCAAGAACAGGAAAUAUAGCAAUAGGAAACCAUAAAUAAUUAAAUAAUACUAAGUAAAGUGUGCUGUUACGUACCCAGUAACUGGGUUUACAGACCAGCAGAUACGUUGGUGUCUGGUGGUUCUUUAACUAAAGGUGUUUAUUAGUAAAAUAAACCAAAGAGCAUCAAUAAUGCAAAUAUACAUAUAAAACAGGUUAGCAAUAAUAAACAAGCUCUAUCAAUAUCUAGGGGUAAAUGAAUAGUCAUAAGAGAAUAUAAAGUUCAGUUCAGUUCGUCCAUGCUGAGGUAGCUGUUGCUGUGCUGCAAUUGGAGAGAGAGAGAGGGGGGGAGAAAGCGACCAAGAGAUUGGGCAGCUGCAGCAGGCAAACCUUCUGUUGUCUUCUUAUUCCGUUGUACCAUUGUGGUCAUUCGGUUAUGACCCCUCCGUUCUCAGCUAGACUGUUCUUCAGUGGUGGACUCAUCACCCUGGCAUGACUGGACACACACACAAGUCCCCACCAGCCCUGCCGUCACACUCUGAGCCUUUGUGACCGAUCUUCUGAUUCGGUCCUCUAAGCCCCCACCUUCCUGUGGAUGCACAACACUCGGUCAGUGUCCACUGGUGUGUCUGAGGAGUGUCUCCCCAGACCCGUCUUUUAUCCCCACUGACGGGGUAUCAGCCAUCCAUCAACUCAAUAUGUCUAUGUCCAUUGAACUAGGCCACUCCUGCUGUCUCUUCAGGAAUGUUAACGAGCAAAGAAGUGUCCCUGCAGCAAAAGGUUUCAUUUACCUGUCCAUCAGUGAAGCAGCCAUAAUACCUAAAUCAGUUGUCUCUCUCUUAUCUGUAGCAGAUAUCUCUAGCUCUGUUCUUCAUCUCUCUUUCGCUCUCAUUAGCUGCAUAGUCCUCAAAGGGGGGGGGGGAAAGGGUCAGCUCUGGACCCCAUUUCCAUCAGGUCUGUUCAGCACACAUAACACCCCCACCCUUCAAAGAAUCUUCACCGGGUUGAAAAUUCACUAGUAAAGCACAUUACAGAGUCUAAUCUAAUACAGAAGUUGUCUUUAACUACAAGGAUAACACAGGUAUACUUUCAAAUUAUCACCUGGAUAAACAAUCAGCAAUUACAUUGUCAUUUCCCUUUACAUUUUGUAUUUUAAUAUCAAAUUCUUGUAACAACAGACUCCAACUUAAUAACCAUCUAUUUUUAUUCUUCAUGUUUGUCAAAAAUACCAAGGGGUUGUGAUCAGUAUAAACUAUCACUGGUUUCUAUGCUGGUCAAAUGUAGACCUCAAAUUGCUGUAAUGCCAGGGUAAGUGACAGUAAUUCUUUUUCUACAGUGGAGUUAGUUCUUAGCUUAGGUGUAUAUCACAAAGAGUGAACCACUACAUGUGUGAUUAUAAUGUAGUACAUUACAGAAGAUUGCGCAAAUAGUAAUCUCUAUUUUACUUCUAAACCUAACUUUCAGUUAACCUACUAUGAUAUCAUCUUUAACUUUCACAAGCUUCGUCCAGAAAAACAAAGCUUAUCACCGAUGUUUUCUAAACUAAGCCCAUUUUCUGAACUUCCACACCACUCAUUAAUUUUAAGCAGGUCAUUAAUUUUAUCUUCAGGAUAUUUAAUUUGAUUAGUUUCCUUGAUGACACUAGCAGAUGGUCUCUCUGGGCCAAAACAACACUUUAAGUUCUGCCUUUCCAAAUCACAUACUUGAGCAACACCACCAAGUUGUUUAUCCUUAAAUUUCAAAACAAACAUCUUGUUAACAAACCAUUGUUUAGUUAACGGUCCCUUCCCUUUGCACAACAGUCCUGGAACCAAACCCGACUUUACAUUUACUUUAUUCAAAAGUCGAGUAACACUUUUUCGCUCAGUAUCUUCAAUAACAUCCAUCUCACCAGCUUUUAUCUCAUCACUGACUUUUAAUACAAGUGACUGAGAAUCCUCACACUCUACUGGUGCCAAGGUUAACCCUUUCUUCACUGAACCAAGUGCAUCUGACCCAAAAGGAUAGCAUUCCUUUUUAACCAAAUCAGACAUUUCAGACCUUUCCUGAGUCUCCACACAAGGAUCAGUAACCUGAACACAGGCCAAUGGGACAACUGCCUCUUCUUGGCUUUCAAUACCAGUCCCAGUUUCAAAUUCCAAGUUCCCCUGAUCCUCCCAGUUACUCUCUGGGCAACUCCCAUCUGGAGUAAACUCAACCUUGCAGGCUAAAACAACCUCGUCUGCUAACCCAGCGGACUCCCUCAAGGUAGCGGCAUCCUUAUUAUCUCAGAAAGCCUUUGCAUUAUUGAGAACACACUUAAAUUCUUCAACUACAACCAGCUCUGUCAAUCCAGAUACAUCAUCCGUGUCCAACCCUGGACCUUCUAACUGCCACAUCUGUUCCUCAUCUUGGCUCUGUGCCUCCAUAAAUUCCUUGCUCACUCCAAAAUGUCCACCCAGGGGUAUCUUACGGGCCAAUUUCAAGAUUCUGUUUCUUGACAACACUGACUCUGCUUUGUCUCCCUUACUUUCCUUAGCCCCACUAUUCUCCGUUUUACCACCCUCCAACCUCUCCUGGUACAAGGCUGGUAAAAACGUCUCUGCUAAAUCAAGGUUGGACUCGGCUAAAUCAGGGGUUGUCCUAACAGCUUUCCUCGACAUUCUUCUGGUGACUGCACCUGAGGGAUUAAAUUCAGAAACUAUGGGCGGGGGCUCAGUCCUGGCAGGCUUACUCAUGAGCUGAACUGCAGAGAACACAUCCCCCCCAGCCAGGUCUUUCCCGAGUAAGACAUCUACAUGGGGUAUCGGGAGUGCAGCCCGUACCCCUGUCGUGACUGGUCCAGAUACCAGGUCACUCUUCAGAAAUACUUUAUGUAACGGUACGGCCUCAGUUCCUUUUCCAACCCCUUCUAUCACGUGCACGUCACCAGUAUCUGCCUCACUAUUGAAUUCCAAUGCUCUGCUUAGGAUUAAGGACUAAAAAGCCCCAGUGUCUCUCUAGAUUCUUACUGGCACUGGGGGUGACCCCUCCCUCACAGAUACCAACCCGGUUGAAAGGGAUUUCUCACAUCCCUCCUGAACUCGGUUUAGCUCCUCUUUUAACAGCAUUUCAACCGGCUUAACACAGCCCGUCGGCGCGGUCGCCUUUCCUUUCCCCGUCUCCUUCUUUGGAGCAAAGCACUUAGAUGCUACGUGGCCAGAUUUCCCACUGUUAUAACACACAACGCUAGGAGACCUGCCAGACGGCUUUUCCUCCUUGUCUUUUCCGGUAGACCCUGGCUUAGUCUCAGACUUAGCCGUUAGGCUUUCUCUACCACCCCUACUACUCCUGUGGUAGCACUUAUUUGGGGAAAAUUUCAUUUGAUGGGUUAAGGCAUAUUCAUCUGCUAGCUUGGCAGAUUCUGAUAUGGACUUAUUCUUCU